AUGAUGAUUGACAAACAGACAAAUUCUACUAAACGUGAAAUUAUUGAACCACAACAACAACAGUUGGGUCACUCCAUAAGCAUCAAUGAUAAUUCAGAACAUUGUAAUGACCAAGAUGACUACAAUUCAAGUGAUGGUAACUAUAAAACCCAAUUCAUAGAGAUGUCAGCCAUAGGUUCGGGUGGUUUUGGGACUGUAUUUAAAGUAAAGCAUAGAUUGGAUGAUAAGAUAUAUGCCGUUAAAAGAGUGCAAUUCGGGGAUUUUAGUGAAGAAAAGAAACAAAAAAUUAUGAAAGAAGUGAAAAUAUUAUCAAAACUGGACUCAGAUUUUGUGGUCAAGUAUUACAACUCGUGGUCUGAAGGGAAACAUGUGUUCAUUCAUAUGGAGUAUUGCUGUCAAACACUCGGAGAUGUAAUCAAAGACAAAGCCAUAGUAUUUGGCAGACAAUCGUCGGAAGCGAUGAAUUUCUACGAGUAUUUCAUUUCGUGUGAAAUACUUUGCGAAUUCUUGCAAUGUAUUCAAUACAUCCACGAAUUGAAACCACCGGUCAUUCACCGGGACUUAAAACCAGAAAACAUUUUAAUCGUUACAAACCCUAAGAAUAAGCGAUUCUUACGGAUCGGUGACUUCGGUGUGGCCACAGAUCACGGCAUGACAUCCAUGAGCCACACGUCAAGUGUCGGGACCUCACAAUAUAUGGCACCCGAAGUGUUUCAGAGCCGAUACACCACUAAAGUAGACAUUUAUAGUCUGGCA